AUGUCGGGAGUGGUCCGCACCCUGAGCCGCUGCCUGCUCCCGGCCGAGGCCAGCCGCGACGCCGGCGGCAGCAAGGAGGGCGGCCGGGAGAGGGACGCGGCGCAGGAACGGGAGGCGCGGCGUAGGAGCCGGGAGAUAGACGCGAUGCUGGCCCGGGAGAGGAGAGCCGUGCGGCGGCUGGUGAAGAUCCUCCUGCUCGGGGCCGGAGAGAGCGGAAAGUCCACAUUCCUGAAGCAGAUGCGGAUCAUUAACGGGCAGGAGUUUGAUCAGAAAGCUCUGCUGGAUUUCCGGGACACAAUCUAUGAGAAUGUACUGAAGGGCAUGCGUGUGCUGGUGGACGCCCGGGACAAACUGGGCAUUACUUGGCAGAGCUGCGAGAACGAGAAGCAGGGCAUGCUGGUGAUGUCGUGGGAGGGACGCGUGGGCGCCUCGGGGGUCGAGCCCAUUGAGUUCCAGCUGUAUGUGAUGGCGCUGAGCGCACUGUGGGCCGACACCGGCAUUCAGGAGGCCUACGCUCGGCGCUCAGAGUUCCAGCUGAGCGAGUCGGUCAAAUACUUCCUGGAUAACUUGGAUCGGAUCGGGCAACUGAACUAUAUUCCAAGCAAGCAAGACAUUUUGUUUGCAAGGAAGGCGACUAAGGGGAUCGUCGAGCACGACUUUGUCAUUAAAAAGAUUCCCUUCAAGAUGGUGGACGUUGGAGGCCAAAGGUCCCAGAGGCAGAAGUGGUUCCAGUGUUUCGAUGGCAUCACAUCGAUACUGUUUAUGGUGUCUUCGUCAGAGUACGACCAGGUGUUGAUGGAGGAUCGCAGGACAAACCGUCUGGUGGAGAGCAUGAACAUUUUCGAGACCAUCGUCAACAACAAGCUCUUUCUUAACGUGUCCAUCAUCCUCUUUCUCAACAAAACAGACCUGCUGGUGGAAAAGAUUCGCACAGUGGACAUCCGCAAGAACUUUCCCGAGUUCAGAGGAGACCCUCGCAGGCUAGAGGACGUACAGGCCUUUCUGGUGCAGUCGUUUAGUCGGAAGAGGAGAAACCGGGGGAAGCCACUUUUCCACCACUUCACCACAGCGGUAGACACAGAAAACAUCCGCUUCGUCUUUCACGCCGUGAAGGACACCAUCCUGCAGGAAAACCUCAAAGACAUCAUGUUGCAAUGACCUUAGCGCCGCAGACAAACAGCUUCUUUGACUCUAACUGUGAGACCAGCCAUGAACCCAGGCCUGGAGGACUUCGGAGAAGGUCUGACACUACAGCCUGUGAGCUGAUAUUAACACUGACCUGUGGAACAGUCAGUCGAGCCAUUCAGAGUGGAUCUAACUGAACUCUUAACCUGUUGAGCCGUGAAGUGACUGUAGACCUGUGGAAACCCUGCGUUUAGCUUGUAUAAAUGUGUGAACGCUGGAAAUACAGUCAGCUGCUCCUCCGCACACAGGCUCAGAAAUGUAUAAACAUGUAGAGGAAAGCACCAACUACAUGACAUGAGCACUGAAAGUGUUGUUGUUUCUCUUGUGUACAUAAGACUAAUGACAACCCUGUCGCUAAACCGAGUCACACUGCUGCCUGUCGAAAUGAGAAGCUGGAGGGAAAGAGUGCAAAGGCAGGAAGAAAGGCAGAAGAUUUAGAGUGAGCUGAAAAAUGCCUUGUCUUAAAGUCCACGUGACGGAGGGAGAGGGGUGAGGGUUUGGGCCCUCGCUGGUCAUAUGCUGUGUUAUGUGAUAAGGUUGCACAAGUGUUCCUGUCAAUGAACUUCAACAGAGGAAGAGACGAAGCCCUUUUCUUACCCUCCCUGUUCUCUCCUGUUCUAUCUCUUCCUUCUUCUUCUUCCUCCUCUAGUGUUUAUUCUCAUGUCCCUGCCAUCGCACAAGACAUGAACAUCUGCAGAUGACAAGUCUUAUCCCAUCCGACUCCUCUCACAAUAGUCGGAUUGUUCGUCUGCUGCAGAAUCAGUAGACGUCAAAUGAGCGCUUUAAAGAAAAACAUGCAGCUCCUGGUCUUAUAUGAAUUAUGGCUCAUCUCUAUCUUUAGGCCUUUCUUCCUUCUUCCACUCUUCCCUCCAGAAUCCCAGAAGAUGCACCACAACAGCCUAGAUGUAACCUGAGGCAUACUAUGUAUUUACAAGAAGGCUUUGGUGUGUGGUUACACUGCAUGUUCCUGUCAUUUUGUCCCGUAAACAUGAAGGGAACAGCAGAAAAUGACAGGGUUGAACUGUAAAUGACCUUUUCCCCGCGUUUCUGGCGGCCAUGUUGGACUUCUGUAGCAGUCAGGGUGGAAAGCCUUACUCCGAAAAACAGCAAAACAAAAACAAGGAAUCUGAACAAGCCAGACUGAACAAAACCACAAAGAAGUUAGAUGUUUUGUUUUUUUAUUACUGAUGGAUAAUUUCCUUCUAAAUGUCCUGGAAAGAAUUGUAGUUUAACACUAUAAUGAAAACAGCAAAGUCCAUUAAGGAACUGCUCCAUUUACAGCCAUUUGUUCAUUUUUGAAAAUAAGAUUUUCUCUUUAUUUUUAAUAAUACGUUUAUCUGAAGACAUUUCAAACUUCCUGCAUUCUGCCUAAAAAACUCAAUAUUUGCUGUGUCCAGCUUCUCUAUUCUGUUUGCAAAUUAAAUAUGUUUAAGUUUCCAACUAAGAAGCAAAUACUUUAAAGAUUUUUGCCAUUUUAAAACUGCACUGGUCGAUAUAUUUUAUAUUAACAGCAGAAUAUAAUACCAUAAUACAAUGGUUUUAGUGUCUUUCAGGUCACGUUUUUGUUUUAUAGUCUGCAACUCUACCAGUUUGGUACAACUUUCUCAUGGCCUUGUUUAAAGCUGCUUUCAGCACAAAAGCCCCAAAAACCAACUAUUUACCCAAUACCAAACUGCUGACAGACAAAUUAGCUUAGGGACCACAGCUGCAAAUUAGCAUGAUGCUAUAAACUGGUAAUAUCCAGAAAGUAGUGCCAUUUGAGCCAUUUAAAAAAAAAUAAUAAUAAUAAUGUUGUAUUUAGGAGCUAAAGAGCCAGAUAUUUGCUCUUUGGGAUUGAUUCUCACCAGAAUCUAAUGUUCCCCACAGCUGGAACAGUCUUAGCGUCUUUCAGGUCACUGUUUUUGUUUUAUAGUUUGUAAUUUUACCUGUUUGCUACAGCCUUGUUCCCAGCUGUUUUUAGCAUAACAGCCCCAAAAAACAAGUAUUUGCCCAACAUCAGACAAAUUUAGCAACUAGCUGUUUAGAUCACAGGUGCUAAUUAGAUGAAGCUAUGAACUAAUAUUGUCGAGAAAAUAGCGACAUUUGAGCCCUUUUAAAAAUAAAUAAUAUAUUUUUUUUAAAAUAAUGGCAUAUUUAGAAGCUAAAGAGCCAGAUAUUUAUUCAAGAGUUGGUGGAGACCAAAAACAGCUGAAAGAGAGCGAAUAUUAGAUUAACAUAGAUGUAAAUCAAUAAAAAUGGUGCUCUCCAACACAUUUGUAAACUUUACAAUAUGAUCAUGUUUCCAUGUUGUGUUUGCAGCUGGUGGCCAAAAAAGAAACCAAUAAUUAACAGAUUAGUCGCUAUUUGCAGCCUUGUUUAUGUCUGCUUCACCAGUGAGAGUUAAUGUAGCAUAAAUAAAAAGACCGUCGCUAUGGUUUUCUUGCAGUUUACCAUCCUCUGUGCACUGAUUUACAACUGUGGUUAACCUGCUGACCAGAACUACGUCUGAGUGUUUUCUGUUAUGUGAUUUUAAUGGAUACCUGCCAGCCAACCAGAAACAUCCACUAAUCCCAUGCACUUUCCUAGAAAUCAUUUACUUCCUUAUAUGUUCACGAGCAGAGAAAUGAAUCAGAGCGGAGUGAAACAAAAAUGUUGAUUCGAUUCUAAACAUUUUGCCUGAUUUGCAUUUUGGUACGCAGCAGCAGCAGCAGCAGCAGCAGCGGCUCGUCCCACCCUGAGUUUUAAGUCCAUAUGGCCUUGAGGGGAAUGAGGCGAACCAUGAACGCUUCCACACGCCUUCAUAAGACUGUAUUUAACCGUGUUAUUUGUAUGUGCUCAUCGUGACACGCUGAGCUUCCUGUAUAUAGAAUACUGUAAGUAUUUGACUGACACUGUGUGUACACUUUACACUACCAACACCACUCUGUCUAACAGUAUCACUGUAACUGUAACUGGUAUGUUGCUGUAACGUUUUUCGUUGACUAACCUACUUUUUCCACUCACACAAAUUUUUUUUUUUUAUUAUUAUUUGUAAAGUCUCGUCAUUGCACUGGAUGGAAAACGUCUGGGGGAAGAAGAAGGCAGCGAAACAAAUAAACAGACUUUGAAAAGCGA